CACAGCCGAUGAGACUGGCGGAGAUCAUGUACGCACUGGUCUCGCCGUCGAGACUGAGGCUGCUUGCGAAGAUGAUGGGCGGGGUGAUGAGGCCGGCGAGCAUGGCGAGUGCGUGCUGGAGGCCGGUGGUCAUGGACACGAGGAUGGGGAGCUCGCUCUCGAGGGCGUAGAAGGGGGGGCCGACUUGUCUGCUCUUGCGGUUGAAGCGGCCGGGGAGGGCGAAGGGCAGGGUGGGCAUGCAGAGCCAGGCGUAGUCGUAGUCGCCGAGCCAGCCAUGGCGGGUGGUGACCCUGUCGUAGAUGUGGGAUGCGCGUGCGUGGAGGGCUGCCCGUGUGCCCGAGGUGGGCGGCGGGACAGCGGCGGGCUGCUCCUUGACGACAGAGUCGCGCGAGAGGGUGGAGGACAUGGUGGCGAGGACGACGACCUGCGGAAAAGGCGGCGUUAUAAUGAGUGGGCAUGUCUGGAGAGAUAAGGACCCGCCACAUCCGCCUCGAUCGUUCCUCGCCCUAUCGCGCCCUGUCACGUGGCCGUCCCAGGCGCUGUCCGCCCGCCGUCGCCGCCGCUGUGCUGCACGACGUCCGGCGACGGUGCAGCAACGCGCGGGUCGUGCGUGCCAACCAGGCCGCUGUGGGCGCAUGUGGAAGGGCGGGCGACUCGAUCAUUGUUUACUCUUCCGGCCCCGCUUUUCAUUUCCACGAUAACCCUCGCCCUACCGCCAGUGUCAGUGUCCCUCUCUGCGACGCACCGCCUGCAAACCCUGGCUCCGUGCUUGCUGCUGUCCGGGAUGCGACGUAUUCGUCGCGAGCAGUGAAAGUGCGCCACGACGCGGAACGCAUGGUGGUACGAGACAAGCAGGUCGCGUACGCGUGCCUCCAACCGUGCUGUUGCCAUUCGGUACACACAUGGCGCAACCGAUCAAGCACUGGACCGCCACUCGUCCACAACACCGACCAACGACGUGCUCGCUGCUGCACACCGCGGUCCCGCCGCCGGCCCAUCACACCCCGAGGCGCGCGCGCGAUCGACCGCUCAGACGUCGUUCACCGCGCCCAUUCUCAGCUCGUCCGAGGGGAACUGAUACUGGGAGAAAACCGUUGAGCCUGGAGCCCACCGCAGGCAAAAGAGAAACUCCCCGCCCCCUGCGCCACCGUAGAUUCCGGGGCUCUACGCCGCGGUGCUGCGCGGACUAUGUUCACACUCUAGACAUACGCGUCAG